AUGUACAAGGCCGUCAUCCUGCCGACGCUACUGUAUGGAGCGGAGACUUGGACGGUGUACACAAAGCAGGCACGCCGACUGAACCACUUCCACCUCAGUUGUCUUCGUCGCAUCCUGAGGCUAAAGUGGCAGGAUCGAAUCCCCGACACUGAUGUGCUGGAACGGACGGGAAUCCUCAGCAUCUAUGCCAUACUGACACAAAUGCACCUGCGCUGGAGCGGCCACCUGGUGCGCAUGGACGACGAGCGACUACCCAAACGACUCUUCUACGGAGACGUCGAGACGGGUUCUCGCCGUCAAGGAGGCCGAAUUCGCCGUUACAAGGAUACCCUGAAGUCAGCCCUGAAGCGCCUGCAAAUCAACACGGCCAACUGGGAAGAGCUCGCACUCGAUCGACCGACCUGGAGGAGGACAGUGAAGACAGGCGCUGCGAUCUACGAAGCCAAUCGCAUCACUGUGGCCAAAGCGAAACGCGAAGCCCGCAAAUCCCAACUUCGCCCAGUACGCAACGCCACCGCACAACCGCUUACAACGUGUCCUCGAUGUCAACGGACAUUCCGGGCUCGAAUCGGACUUGUUGGAAACCUUCGGAUCAACUGCGCCUCUCGAAAUACACCAAAAAAUCGUCCCCCCGCCCGCCUCUUCCUCCCCUCCGCCGCCAACUAA